CGAUCAGGGCAGCCAACGGCCGCCGAUCGGGUGGAGGCGCGCGCCGCCGUCGCCGUAGGCGGCGGGGCACCGAGCCACCGACCGACCUCCGCCCCGGAGAUGCUCGGAGGCGUGGGGACGCGCGCCGCACCGUGAGACGGCGGGGAUACCAUGGAAGGCGCGGGCGGCGGCGGCGGUUCACCUCCACCGCCGGCAGUGCAGUGCGCGCACAGGUGAGGUGAGGAAAAAAAAAGGCAUCCGAUGAGGGUCUUCAAGUGUGAAAUUGUACAAUUUUUUCUACUGCUCUUAAAAACCGAUAAUACUAGCUACAUCCAUGGGUGAGCAUGAAAUAAAGAAAUAAGAUUGCUGGGGCCAAUGAGAGAGGGCAGUCAGUUCCAAUGCGAUAAGAGUGCAGUCAGGGAUUCCUGUUGCUUCAUGACAAAAGCCUUCGAGUGAAGACAAGACCCUAGACCGUCUCUCUCUCUCCCCCUGACCAAGGCUAGCUAGGGAAGGAAGAACAAAAACAGCAUAGCAAGGACACCAUCUUUUUCUGAGCUUGUGGAACAAAAACGCCCAAGAACGUGAAGCUAUUACACCGUCAGAUAUAUCAAGAAGCUGCAGCCAGCAGGCCGAGCAAGAGCAAAUUGAGCACAGAGACGGUCAGGCAUGCUUGCCCCUCCCUCUUGCUUGUCAUACAAGGGAAGCCCAGGCCUGAAGCCAUAUUGCUAGAAGCUAGUUCUAUCUUGAGGAUUGAAGGUAGAAGCUAGCUUCUCGUUCGUGUGUGGAGCUAGCUACUGGGAUCAUUUGGCGCGCGGCUGUAUCUUCGGGAUGGGAGAAGCUAGUAGUAGUUCAGGACAAUCAAGGCAGAGUCCUCAUGUUCUUGGCUAUGGCUUCCAUGGCACCAUGCCCAAUCCCAUGCCGUCUGCAAACUUCUUCGAGCAAGGAGGUGCUACAUAUUUUGGAGAACUAGAGGAGGCUCUGAUGCAACAGGUUGCCACACUCAGGAGGACUCAACAAACUGCAACCACUACCUCCACCCUUCAUCACGGAGACACCACCCCCUUCUCCACUACUGCUACGGCUACAGCUAGGCCUCCUCCUACGCUGGACAUCUUCCCAUCCUGGCCUAUGAGGUCUCUCCACACACCUAAGGAGGGUUCAAAUGUGACAGCAGACACAACAGACUCGGAGAGCAGCAGCAAGAACAAUAGCAACCAAAAUGCCUCAUCAGACCAGCAUGGGCUAGUAGGAGACAUGGCAGGCCAGUUCGAUCAAACUCCACAGCAGCAACAGCACAAGAAGAUGGCAACUAACAGUCCGACUCAUAGCAGCAAGUCUGGCAAGGCGCUUGAUCCAAAGACCAUGAGAAGGCUCGCUCAGAACCGAGAGGCAGCACGUAAAAGCCGGCUGCGAAAGAAGGCUUACAUCCAGCAGCUUGAGAGCAGCAAGCUGAAGCUUGCUCAGAUGGAACAGGAUAUCCACAGAGCUCGUUCCCAGGGCUUACUCCUUGGAGCUCCAGGUGGAAACACCAGCUCAGGAGCCGCUAUGUUCGACGUCGAGUACGCCCGGUGGCUGGAGGAAGACAGCCGGCGCAUGGCUGAACUGCACGGAGGGCUGCACGCUCACCUGCCGGACAGUGACCUCAGAGCCAUCGUCGACGACACACUAACCCACUACAACCAGCUCUUCGCCCUCAAGGGCAUGGCGGCCAAGGCCGACGUGUUUCACCUCAUCACCGGGAUAUGGGCGACUCCAGCUGAGCGGUGCUUCCUCUGGAUGGGUGGAUUCCGGCCCUCCGAGCUGCUCAAGACACUGAUACCGCAGCUAGAUCCCCUGACUGAGCAGCAAGUUGCUGGCAUCUGCAGUCUUCAACAGUCAUCGCAGCAGGCAGAGGAAGCUCUCUCCCAGGGCUUGGAGCAGCUGCACCAGUCAUUAGCAGAAACCGUGGCUGGAGGGUCCCCACUGGAUGACGUCAACGUCGGGAGUUUCAUGGGUCACAUGGCUAUUGCCCUUAGCCAGCUAUCAAAUCUUGAAGGUUUUGUCAUACAGGCUGAUAACCUGAGGCAGCAGACUAUCCAUCAGAUGCACAGGAUUCUGACAGUUAGGCAGGCAGCUCGAUGUUUCUUGGCCAUUGGAGAGUACCAUAAUCGCCUCCGUGCCCUGAGCUCACUUUUUGCCUCGCGCCCUCGAGAGAUACUGGUGGCAGAUGAAGGCAACUGUGGAGAGCUAAGCAUUGCAGCACAUCCAUCUGAAAGCCAAUUUUCAACCUUCUGAAUUAUGUUUCAAAUGUAUAUUGGAACUAACCUUCAAAGUAGGAGCGAAAGCUUGCUUUUUGAUGUAAUCUAGCACUGUAGCAGAUAUGUGAGAAACUCAGAAAAGAGUUUGGGAAACGAUGGAAGCUCCAGCUGCACUAGCAAAAAUUUCAGAAGGAAUGAAUGGGACUGCA